GCACUUUACAGUUAAGGACCGCGUAACCAUGAGGGUAUAAACAAACAUGAACUACAGCUAGCUGUUUUGUUGACACGCGUAACGUUACCUGCUGAAAUUGGGGAACUAAUCGUGUUUUCGGGUCCAAAUGGAGAUAUUUGGAAGCACGUUUGACGAUUCGGUGUUUUUGGAGGCGAGAGACCGAGUCUCUGUGGCUCUGUCGUCUUAUAACGCCAAACUGUGUAAACCAGAGUGGUUCUGUGAGAGCACUGCUCUGGACACAGAUGAUCCUUUGGAGAAGCAGAAAGUCUUUAAGUUUAGAGGUGACUUGGCUGUGAGACAGGGAAACCAUCAGAAAGCCUUGGAUGCAUACAGUAGCUGCCUGGAGUGGAUUGCUGACAACAACCUGACUAUCAGAAGAGAUGUGCUGGAGGGAAUGGCCCGAUGCUGCACCAGACUGGGACAGAGAGACAGGGCGCUGGACUUGGUGGACUUACUGAGCAAAGAAGCCUCCAACACCUGUCACCUGAUCAGCCUCCUGCUGCUGAAAGUCAGCAUCUACCAGCAUUUUGGAGACGUACGAUCAAAGAUGUCAUCUCUGCAGCAACUGUGUAGCAUGCUGCCCUUCAACCCCUGGCACUGGUACAGCCUGGGACAGACGUGUCUGCAGCUGCUGGAGAGUGACAGAACCACCGGUCCGUGUUCCCCACAGAGAUUUGAAUCAGUAGAAGAACAGAGUGCGGAACAACAGGAAGAGGCAGCAGAGAUGGAUGAGGACAAAAUCUGGCUGAAAGCGUGCACUUGUUUCAUUAGGACGAGACUCCUGUUGAGAAUCCUUCGACAGCAGCAGUCCUCCUUUGUGCUGCAGCGCACUGAAAGCACCCUCAAAACGACCGAUGAGGUGUUACAGAGGCUAAAUCCCAAAGAAACCACCCUGCAGGCUCUCACUGAGGUGGUGUCAGAGGACCUGAUCCCGGAGAAGAUGAGGGAGGACUACCAGGACGGGGAGAGUCUGGCCAGUGUGUGUCUGCAGAGCUUCAGGGGGCGUUGGUGGAACAAGAUCUUACUGACUGGGGUGCUAGAGACUGAUGGCUGUCAACAUCAGACACAGACGGACACAGAGUCCUGAUGCUCCAGUGAUGCCUGUUUACAGAGAAGUUGGCAGACAGGGCGGGACGGAAGAACAUGCUGAAGGUCCCGUCACUGUACAGACCCCAUCAAAGAGCAAAAGACACUUACUGAAUGAACUGAAAGCCAGGUCCAAGUCCUGAAACAGAGGUGGACAUUAUUGAUAUAUAACAAGUCCACAUACAUGUGGAAAUACACAAAUACAAGUCAAAAGUCAAAUUUAAAUUCUGUCAAUCUCAAAAGUACCACAAAAAAAAUGAAUGUUCAAAAGAAUAAAUCACACUCUUAAAAUGUCACAGAAUUCUUCAUCCUCACCUCUUCGCUUAAUUCAAGCACAAGGAGAACUGCAUAGUGAAUGUCAAUCCGACAGUAUCAAACAAACCAGCCAUACACAGACCCACUAAUGUUUCAUCCACUUCAUACUUUGUGUAAUAUCGUUUAUGACAGUGAUUCUGUUCUACAUUGAGACAGGAAUCAAAGUGAAAAAUUCUUUGAAUGUUCUGCCUAAAAUGUCAUUAAUGCCUUAACAUGUUCAUAUUUUAAGAAUGAUUUAAAUAAAAUGUGUUGUUUUUGUUGCUGAAA